AUGUUCGCCAAAGCCGCCUUCUUCAACGCGCUGGUCAGCGCCGUAUCCGCAGAGAUUCUCUGGGAUGGACGCUUCAACGACCUGACAUCGAGCGCUGAUCUCGAGAAGUGGUCUUUUUCCAACCCGGUCGGUCCUUACCAGUACUACAUCCACGGCUCCGGCGACGUGACCGACUACGUCAACCUCGACAGCACCUUUAAGAACCCCGCCGAUACGGGUUCAAAGCAGGGUGUCAAGAUCACCAUCGAUGAGACGGCCAAGUGGAACGGGCAGACCAUGCUGAGGACGGAAUUAAUACCUCAGACCAGCGCCGCUAUUAACAAGGGCAAGGUCUACUACCACUUCUCUAUCAAGACUGCUGCCGAGAACGCCCCAACUGCCACCAACGAGCACCAAAUCGCUUUCUUCGAGAGCCACUUCACGGAAUUGAAAUACGGCGCGAAUGGGGGCAGCAGCACCAAUCUACAGUGGCACGUCGGCGGCGUGUCUAAGUGGGAUGUUGAGCUCGUCGCAGACGAAUGGCACAACGUUGCCUACGAGAUCGACUUCGAUGCUGGCUCGGUGUCGUUCUACCACUCGACUGGCAGCGAUGCGCUCACCAAGACCGCUGGUCCGUUCGAUGCGAGCACCUCGUCUAACGGUGCUGACUGGCAUCUUGGUGUUCUUCGUCUUCCUGGUAGCAACGAUGCUGAUGGUGCCGAGGACUGGUUCUUCAGCGGUGUUUACGUUGAGAGUGGAGAGCUGACCACCUCGAUCGCAAGCGCUGGAGGAUCGAGCGACGAUAGCUCUUCGGCACCUGCUUCAAGCGCUACUCCCGCCUCAAGCGCCGCCCCUGUGUCCAGUGCUGCUCCUGCUUCCAGCGCUGCGCCUGUUUCCAGUGCUGCUCCCGUCUCGAGCGCUGCCCCUGCUUCCAGUGCUGCUCCUGUAUCCAGCGCGGCUCCUGUGUCUAGCGCCGCUGCCAGUUCUUCCGCUGUCGCUGCCUCUUCCACUGUAGUCGCAGAUGUUCAGACUUCAGCUCCUUCGUCUGCCGCCGCUUCCACCGCAGCUGCUCCUACUACCCUCGCAACUGUAGCUGCGUCGCCAACGUCAGCGGCUCCCAGCGCCUCGUCUGCCGCCUCAUCCGACGCUGCUCUUCCCGACGAGUUCACCAUUCAGGAGUUCGUUGCGUGGCUCAAGGCUGAGACCGGGUCUAACUAA